CCAGACAGAGUCUUUCCCUUGUUCCGACACGUGUCCCGUCGUUCGGUGGUUUCCGCUUUCGCGGCCCGAGGGUUUGUGAGAGGAGUCAACAGGAAUCUGAUGUUGGCUAGGCAUGGUGUCCUCUCCGGCCUCGCAUGGUUGAAUUUCACCAAAAGUUAUAUGUUGCAUCCGAAUUUUUCUUCAUCGUCCGUGCUCAGGAGGCAAGAUCAUUUGGUAAGAACACUCUGUGGCUGCAACGCGAAGAACCGUCGCCGUAAGAUCGUCAGAGCCAUGAGCUCCGGAGGUAUUUCCUCGGAGGCCGACGCCGAUAGCGUCUUGAGAACCCUUACGCCGGUUCUCGACCCCAAGCUCCACAAAGGACAAGCUGGGAAGAUAGCUAUCAUUGGAGGUUGUCGUGAGUACACAGGCGCUCCUUAUUUUGCUGCCAUUUCGGCUUUGAAAAUCGGCGCUGAUUUGUCUCAUGUUUUCUGCACAAAGGACGCUGCUCCAGUUAUAAAGAGCUAUAGUCCUGAACUGAUAGUGCAUCCGGUUCUGGAGGAAUCGUACAGCCUCAGUGGUUUAAGUGGGGAAGAUAGAGGGAAAAUCUCCAAGAAAGUACUUGGUGAAGUCAGUAAAUGGAUGGAGAGAUUUGAUUGCCUUGUAAUCGGUCCCGGUCUAGGCCGGGAUCCAUUUCUUCUGGAAUGUGUCAGCAAAAUUAUGAAGCUUGCUAGAGAGUCCAACAUCCCUUUUGUAGUCGAUGGGGACGGGCUGUUUCUCAUAACAGACUCGAUCAAUCUCGUCAGCGAUUAUCCACUCGCUGUGUUAACCCCAAAUGUGAACGAGUAUAAGCGCCUAGUUCAGAAAGUUCUGAACUGUGAAGUAAAUGAACAGAAUGCUCAAGAACAGCUGUGCUCUUUGGCCAGAGAGAUUGGAGGCGUUACAAUUCUGAGGAAAGGCAAAUCUGAUCUUAUAAGUGAUGGAAAGACGGUCAAAUCUGUGAGCAUAUAUGGUUCACCUAGGCGCUGUGGUGGGCAAGGUGAUAUCCUCUCCGGGAGUGUUGCAGUGUUUUUGUCUUGGGCUCGGCAGCUCAGUUCACCUUCUGAAGCAAAAGAGACUGUCGGCUCCUCGUCGGAAAAUCCAGCCAUCUCGGGAUGCGUAGCCGCGUCAGGUCUGCUGAGAAAGGCUGCAUUGCUGGCGUUCGAGAAGAAGAAGAGGUCAACUCUCACGAGCGACAUUAUCGAUUGUUUGGGGGAGAGCUUGGAGGAUAUUUGCCCUGUUUCUUGACCUCUUUCAACGGCCUUACAAGACAGACAGAUAUCGUUCUUGAGAUCGUGAAACUAGUUCUGCUCUGUCUCUGUUUUCUGUUUCUCGUCUUUGGUGAUGUUCUUCAACUCGAAACGUGGUAAAUGGCCAUAAUAAAAGCUUUGAUCUUUGAUCCA